AUGGUGCGAGGAUCAUAUAUAGAGCCCCUUGUUCCGUCUACUAGUAUGCAGUACAUGCGCGCGACUCUCGCCCUUCCUCACAUGGAGCCGUUCACGAUGCCAUACUACCACUUCGGCCUAUGCCUCUUCUUGGCUCUCCUCUACCACGCCGUCCUACGCGCUCUUUCUGCCGCCGCCAAGCAGCCCCGGCCGAGGCUGCCUCCCGGCCCGUGGCAGCUUCCGAUCAUCGGCAGCCUGCACCACCUGCUGCGCGGGCUCCCACACCGCACCAUGCGCGACCUCUCCCUCCGCCACGGCCCGCUCAUGCUGCUCCGGCUGUGCGAGCGCGUGGCCAUCGUCGUCUCCUCAGCCGAGGCCGCGAGGGAGAUCUACAAGGGCAACGAGGCCGCCUUCUCGGAGCGCCUAAGCAGCCCGGGCAUCGACGAGUUCUCCAGGCAUGGCCAGGGGAUCGUCUUCGCGCCCUACAGCGACCACUGGCGCCUGCUCCGCCGGAUCCUCAUGACGGAGCUGCUCAGCGCGCGGCGCGUCGAGGCGUUCCGGCAGAUCCGCGAGGAGGAGGCGGGCCGCCUCGUCUCGACGAUUCAGGCGACGUCCGACGGCCGGCUCGUGAACGUCGACGAGAGGCUCGACGAGUUCAUGACAGACUCGGCCGUGCGCGCCAUCUUCGGGGACAGGCUGCCCGACAGAGCCGCGUUCCUGAAGAUCGUCAAGCAAGGAGUGGGUCUGUCGUCGCUGUUCGACCUCCGGGAUCUCUUCCCGUCGUCGCGGCUGAUUCGGCUUCUGCAGCGCAGCGGCAAGGCAGAGCGGCACCGUCAAGAGAUGUUCAAGAUCAUGGACAACAUCCUUAGGAGUCACGAGGAGAGAAGGGCAGCCAGAGAUGGAGACGACGAACAGGACAUGGUUGACGUGUUGCUGAGGAUCCAGAAAGAAGGCAACAUGCGAGUUUCCCUAACCGACGGAGUCAUAAGGGCACUGCUCAUAGAUGUCUUUGGUGCGGCACUUGACACCACAACUACUAUUCUACAAUGGGCGAUGGCUGAACUAAUGACAAACCCAAGAGUCAUGCAGCGGGUGCAAUCCGAGGCAGAUUAUGUUCUAGCAGGACAUGCCACAGUACAAGAGGCCUCACUAAAAAGCAUGCAAUACCUCCAGGUGGUUAUUAAAGAGACCUUGCGACUACACCCUCCUGCCUCGCUCUUCCCUAGAGUGUGUGUGCAAGACUGCAAGAUUCAAGGAUACGACGUACCACGAGGGGCUACUAUGCUAACCAACACAUGGGCAAUCUCUAGGGAUCCGAAGUACUGGAAUGAGCCUGAAAAGUUCAUGCCAGAGAGAUUUGAAUGUGAUGGUGUUGCGGACUUCAGAGGUUUGGACUUUGAGUUCACUCCUUUUGGUGUUGGAAGGAGGAUUUGCCCUGGGAUUGAUUUUGCAUAUGCAAACAUUGAGAUUGCAUUAGCUAGCCUAAUUUACCAUUUUAACUGGGAGCUUCCUCCCAGAGUGGACCCAAAGGAAAUAGACAUGACAAAGGUGUUUGGAGCAACUGUUCGAAGGAAGGCUGAGCUAUUUCUGCGUCCCAUUCCUCGUGUCCCCCUCUAG